AUGAUCAACGCGCUCAAGACCCCUUCCUUCUUUCGCCCAGCCAGCCGGCCGUCUUCGCCGGGACCCGCCCCUUCCCGGCCUGACUCUGCGGUUGGCUUCGAGCGUGUGGCCCGUCCACUCAACAAGCUAUCCUCCUUCAGCGCUCUGCGCAAGCCCUCGCCUGCUCCCGUGGCUAAGGAGACAAACCCCUCUAGCACGCUCGUGCAAGACGGCUCGUACAUGGAGAUGCUAAGCCUCAAGCUCAGCGAGAGCGUGUCAAAGGCGCUCGCUCAGCCUGCGGGGCCGGCCACCGCAGCUGAGCAGCUCAACGGGAGGCGCCCCUUCCCUCAAGGGCGGGGCACGACUCUUGGUAACCUGAUUGCCAGCGAGAUAAAGGCUGCGCAAGAUAAUUCGCAUCUUCUCCGUGCUAUCUACAGGACGCUUCAACGCCCUCUCUCCGUCCUUGUCACCAACCUCUCCGGCGCGCUCAUGCCUCUCUUGACGUCGCCUGCCUUCCUUACGCCUCCAGCGCCGGGGCCCGGCUCGCCGAACCCCAAUCCCACUCAAUUGCACGCCCUUUCCAUCGCCCAAUUCUCGGCAGAACUGUUGCAGGUCUUUGAUGAUAUUGGGCUUGCGCAGGAGGUGGACACUCGGGGAGAUGGGCUUCGGCACAUUCGAGAGGGCCUAGUGUCCUUCAUCAACCGCACUGUGCAGCCCCUGAUCGGAGGGAUCAAGAGCGAACUUAACCCCAUGCUCGAUUCCCUC